AUGAGCUGGAAUGCAACCUCUUUUUUCACCGGGUCCUUAGACCUGGAAGACGAGGUGAAGGUGUUGGGCGACUACGUCGUGGGCCAUCGCCUCGGCGAGGGCGCGUACGGCUCCGUCUAUGUCGUCAAGUACCUUCCAUCGGGGGACCGCUUCGCGUUGAAGAUUUUGCAGAAGCAGGAUCUCUUCACAAGCUCUGGCAUCUACCCCGUCGCCUACUACGACGCAGACGGCGGCGCGGCGCCGUGGGAGGCCGAGGGCGCGGAGUCGCACCCGUUGGGUGGGGCUCCUGUCCCCACGGUGGCUGCUCUGGCCAAGACUUUUGAGCAGCAGAUAAUCUCCGAGGCGAUGGUGAUGCAGGCCCUCGAACACCCUCACGUAGUGAAGUUCUACAAGUUCUUGAAUUCCACGACGGCCUUCUACUUUGUGAUGGAGCUGGCGGAGGGCGGGAAGCUGUUAGACUUGAUUCUCUCCAAGAGCUAUUUUGCCGAGGACGAGGCGCGCAUGUACUUCCAGCAGCUCAUUUCUGCCAUCGACUACUGCCACCGCAACGGGGUCGCGCACAAGGACUUGAAGGCAGAGAACUUGCUGCUGAGCGACGACGGCCGCCUCUUGGUGUGCGACUUCGGCUUCUCCUCAAAAAUUGCCAAGGAGAACAUCGACGACCCGGAGCAGACAAUCGGCACGGGCGGCAACGCUGCUCUCCUCGACACCAUAAACAAUGGAGGCAUGUUUGGGACGCUGCACUACACCAGCCCGGAGGCGGUGAUGGCGUCCUCACAGCAGUGGAAGCUCGCCUUUGUGGGAAACAUGGCGGUGCCGGCAGAGACUUUGGGAAUCCCGGAGGACCAACAACAGGGCGGUCCCGCUCGCUACUCCCCUUCUUCUACCGCGACACCCUGGUCCAGCUUCAGCACCUCGUCGUCCUCGGCGUCGCACACAUCGUCGUGCAGCGGCUCGUUGGCGCGAGGGUGGCGACGGAAGGCAGCGGAGGUGGUUAGCUCGAAGCACUGGAAGGCGCGUGGCAAAAUCAGCGGCAAAGGUAGCGGCGCCUCUCUGCGCACGUCAAACAGCACCAGUCUGAUCGACGAGGCGGGAACGGCGCACAAGCUGUCGGCGGACAAGCGACGGGUGCGGCCCGAUUCUUUGACCCCACUGCCGUCCGCCACCGAGGCCGCCGCCCCUGGAUCUUCUCUGCACCGCGCUGGUAGCACCCACAGCCUCGCCAGCGCCACCAACAGCCACAAACACAAAUGGGUGUCGCCGACCAGUGGGCUUAAUAAGGUUGGGGAGGGGCUUAGCAUCCUCGUAAAAUCCCUCAUGGGCAGCAACGGCAGCAGCAGUGGCGGUCACCACCAUCACCAUCAUAGCCAUGACUCGCAUGCGCGCAGCAGCCACGCUAAGCCACCGCAAGAGAAGCAGACAGCGAUAGUUGUGCGAUCGAGCGCGGAUGCGAAGGCCAAACUGAAGCGCACGAGCAGCACUGCCGCUUUCUCCGUCGGCGGAGAAGCGGAAGAGGGCCCCUCUGCGGCGCAUCAGCCGUUGCGGCAUCUGCGCACCAACGCUCCUUCACAGGCGCGUGUGCCGUCGCCAUCCUCCGGUAUGUCGCCGGCCGUGUCCCCCAACACCUCGUCCUUUGCGAGCCCGCGAUUCCACGAGUCGGUGGCCGCCGCAGCAGCGUGUAUCGCCGAUUCCCCGACUGCUGCCGGGGCCGCAAAGCUCAGCACGCACUCUUCACCCGCCGGCAGCCCAACUGACUCGAAGUCUGUCAUCACGUCACCAGCACGCCACCGCCCAGGCACGAAGGACGGUGGUGCCGUUUCCGACGCCGACGUGGGUGAGUUCGGCCCUCCCGUCACGGCAUUCGACAGGGAUGCAGUUGGUGCGCCGCCGCUGCCUCUGCCGGUGCCACCGACGACCGCCUCGACGCUAAAGGCGCCGAACUCGAGCAGCGCGCCACCGCGGACCUUGCAUCACUGUCACCAGGCUCAUGAGCACAAGCAUCACCAUCACCGCCAUCGGCAGCCACGGUCCAACAGCAGUAGCCAGAUUUUGGGCACUUCGACGCCAUGCAAGUCGCAGCUCAUCAUUGUGGACCCUUUUCAGCAAGACUUGUGGAGCGCCGGCGUCAUUCUCUUCUUCAUGCUGACCGGCCGGUUGCCCUUCGAAGGCCGAGACGAAGAGGAAACGUUGCACUUGAUUCAGGUGAACGAGUUCGCCUUCGCCGACGAGGAGGCCCAGCGCAUCUCACCGGCCGCGCGGAGGUUGGUGGCACAGAUGUUGGCCCCAGAGCCAACGGACCGACCUACCAUCGAGCAGAUCAUCGCAAACCCAUGGUUUAGGCGGGACUUGCAGCUCGAGAAGGACUUCCCACACCGCAAGGACCUGAUGGAGGCGUUGGGCAGCGCGAGGCCGGCCUCGGCACUCCGGCACCCUCUCCCUCCAAAGUCUGCCAAAGGAGCGAGGCUCACGGCCGACGCGAGCGCGGGGCCCAGUGGCGCCGGCCGCGGCAGCGACACAAGUGCCUGGAUGAGCACCAGCCAUGGCGUGUCGAGCUCAUGUGGCAGCAGCGUGACCAACGCUGCUGCAGUGUCGCCUCACUUCCACUCCUUCGCCCCUGACGCGCGCGCGCCUGUGCCGCUGGUGCCGUCGCGCGACACCUCGCUCAACACGGGAUCGUCUGCACAUCCAGGCGGCGCGCCCGGCAGCAGCCCCGGCUCCGACCAGCACCGCGACGCUUCCGCGCCCACUACCUGCAACUUCUUGGACUUCUCUACGCACCACUCCGUCACCCCAGAGGAGGAGUGGGUGCUCGAGACAGCGUUUCGAAAGGUGGACUCGGACGGCUACGGCUGCAUCACGCGGGACCAGGUGCGCGACAUGCUCACGACCCUCCACGGUGACGUUGUCCCAACCGAGGACGUCGACGAGCUUGUGCGUCUCUUCACCGGCGAUGCGAGUGCCGCCAGCAUCACGUUCCAGCAGUUUCGCGAUGCGUGGGUGAGCAAAGACCUGGCCCACACACCCUUCAGUCACAACAGCGAGUUUCAGCUGGUCAACAUCAUUGGGACGGAGAUGGACGCGAUUGAGCGGGGGGUGGUGCGGCAGCUAAGGACGGCGUUCAACAGCCUCGACGAAAGCCACCGCGGCGUCAUUCAGCUCCAUCAGGUGCAGCGCGUCUUUGAAAGGUGUCACAUAGCUGUGCACAAGGAGGAUUGUCUCUCCUUUAUCAAGUACUUCCACGAGACAGAGCUGGCUUGCUGCACCGACUGGGCUCCCCUCCAUUCGCAGCGGCGGGGGCCGGCGCCGAACACGAUGAGCCUCUUGCAUGCCUCCGGGACCGCAUCGCCUCGGGGACUUGCAAAAGUUCAUUCGCUGCCCCCCGCGACAGGCUCUACGCACUGCAGCAGUCCCGCGACGACGCACUACGGCGCCACCACACCCAAACUGCCGUCCGAAACGGGCGAUGCUGACACCGCCGCCACCACCACCACCACCGCUGGUGGCACAACCUACACCGGCUCGCAGGGCACAUCGCGGGGGGCGCCGAAACCCCCCCUGUCGCCGUCUUCCAUCACUGUCUCCUUCAACUCUUUCGUGCACGGCAUCGUGAAGAGCGACAUUCUGCUGAAGCACCCCCUUGGCCGCAAGCUGGCUGCCGCCACAAACCUCGCCGCGCUGUUUCAGUCCCGCAACGUGACGGAGUGCGUGCGGCACGGCUUUCUUGUCACUGGCCUGCAGAACGUCAUAUUGGCGAAGCUGACAAGCAUGCCGGAGCAACUGCAGCUGUUGCACUCAGACGAGGUGGUCUCCAACGCUGAGAACGUCUACUCGUUUCGCUACCUCGGCUCCUCGGCGCUGAUGACGAUUCCCACGACGAGCACAGCAACACCGCCGAUGUCUUCGCCGCUGGUAGCCAUGACGGCGAGCACAGGCCCGGCAACGACUAGCUCCCCUCUGGAAUUGCAAGGCAGGUUUUCGGCUCAGCACCGCGACCACGCCACUCCGGCGGUGUCUUCACUGCAACGACGCACUGUCAGCUCAGAUGCUGGCAAUGGCCCAACAGGCAGCGUGGCGGCGACGAGCAACGCUGGCACCCACCUCCACAACCCCAGUCCUUGCUUGUCUGACCAGAGCACUGUGCGCUCGCGCGCUACGUGCACGAAGCCGCCGUCUGCCAGCCACCACACGCUCGCGCGAGCAGACUCACCCGGCUCUGUCAUGCACUCCCCCAGCCCAGAGAAGGUCAGCGGCAGCACGCUCACAAGCUGCAGCACCUUAGCCUCGCAGUCGCAACGAAGCCCCACUGUGUCGAUGCAUUGUUCGUCAAGCGGCCCCCGAGCGACGGGCGGUACCACCGCGCACCGGAUAGCAUCGCGGAGCUCUAGCGCCAGGGGGACGACUCCAAGUCACGCCGUUGGCCUUUCCUGCCCCUCGAACUCGCUGCAGCACUCCCCGACGUCGCGCUGCGCUCGCAUCCGGCACCUUUGCGGGCAGGACGCGCGCACAGACCCUCACCACGACACAGGUCACAACGAUGACGGCGUUCGUGACGACACACACGACUUCUCUUCCUGUCCACACAACAGCUCCUCCGCUGUGAACACCGCCAUCGACGACAGCCAUAGUAAGCGCAGCCGGGCUGCCCUCUCCUCCAGCGUGGGGGAGGAGCUCAAGGACACGAACACCACGCCAGUAGCUGGUGGGCGGCGGAGGGUCAAGGAGAACGUCACACAGUUUCCCUUCCCCUCCAUCUCGAGCGCGGUCGCCAUCCUGCCGACGACGCCAGCGGCUUUGGCGCAUCGAGAAAUGGCCUACAGCAGCAGUGACCCGGUGACGCUAGUGAAUGGGGUGUGCGACAUAGACGUUAUUCUGUCGCCUGCCAGCCUGGGCUACACGAUGAUGCAGUUCCGCUGCAUGCAUGGCGACACAAGCGACUUUCACGAAGCCGUGGCAUUUAUUUCGAAUGCCCUCGAGCUGGAACGGGAGCAGGCGAUGCAAGAUACUAUGACGCGCGGAGAGAGUGAGCUCAUGUGA